AUGUCGAAUUCUUCGUCCUCUCCACUGCCUCGUGACCCAGCGUACAUCGCUGCGACACGCCAGAGCUGCGCUUCCAUCUCGACAUCGCUCGGCCUCACACCCGACGCCGCCUCGAUCGACCGCUUUCUGCGCACUCUCGACCAGGCCACGUACAACCGGCUGCGCACGCAGCACGGCCUCGCCUUCCCACUGCGCUUCCCCACCCCCACGGCCGAGAUCAACUUUAUCGCCAUCUUGUCGCUGCUCAAUGCGCUCUCGGGCUACCGCACUGCCUUCCACAAGGCCACGGGCGCGGGCGCGUAUCAGAACAUCGUCCGCCUCAUGAUCGGACUGUACAUCUCGGGCGGCGACGAGGAUCGUCAAGUAGGAUCGGCGAAUUUGACCGCCAAGGGCAUGCGAACUAUGACGGAAGCCAAGAUCGUCGAGCUGCUCGGCGUGAGUGUGCACGAGGAACGACCGCACGACUCCCUCCCCGGGGUUACGGUGGGGAUCAAGGGGGGAGAGAUGAACGAUGCCGUGCAGCUUAUUCUCACCGCGAUGCAGAAUGUAGGACGCAAGUUGACCGACUUGGGUGUGGAUAGUAUGGGCGCCUAUUUGGAGGGAUUGAUGGCUGAGGCCAAGCAGAAGCACGACGAGGUGCAGGUGACGGAUUACCUGGUCGCACAAAUCGCACAGACCUUCCCCGAGUUUUGCGAUACCCACACCUUCAGCCCCAACACCGGUGCAGCAGGGCAGGAGGUCUACAUCUUCAAGCGCAUCUUCUUCCUGCUGCACGCGCUCUACCUUCGCUGCGGCGACAAGCCCGAGUAUGGGCUGCCAAACACGUAUACACUGCCGAUGUUCGUCGACAACGUUCUACCCACCCUCUGCGUAUGGCUCGACCUCAUCUCAACACCCGACUCCCCUAGCCCUGGGAUGGAGACCCUCGUACACUGGAUCGCAACCGCCAACUGCAAUGCCGAUCUCAACCGCGAAAAGUUAGACGACCUUACUGCGAAUCAACCAGGACCCGGGUUGACCAAGGACGAGACGUACGCCGUGCGUGCAGCCACACUCAACGUCGCCACCCACGUUGUAGCACGCGCCCAUGCACUUGCCCAACAAGAUCCCGCCCUCGCUUGGCUCGCGGCGUUGAACGAGGUGGAUCUAGACGGAUACCUCUGGUCGUUAGCAAAAGACGAUCCGGCUCUCCGCAAGGUGCCACGCCUCGUCUUUCCCUCGAUCCACUUCUGA